UAGCUAGUAGCUUCACUAAAACUUCUAUCAUUUUCCUUCAUGCAAAUCUUUAUUCGAUAUCGGAUCCGGUUCUGAAAACAUUGGUAUUUAGCAAAUAAUUACAUGGCCACUAGAGAAGCAAUGGCAUCAACACCAAUGCCAUCCGUGCCGGAUUCGCCUUCUUCUACCCCGGUCAACCCCAUCAUGGCUAUAGUGCUCGUGUGUCUUUUAUGUGCAUUCUUUAUGCUUUGUUUGGUCUCCACCUACUUUCGCCAUUACGCCGAAAGACAGCUCAGACUUGCAGCAAGUACCACCCAUGGGAGUGAAACCGGGUCGAUGCGGUCAGUGGUGCACGGGCUUGACCCGGCCGCCAUCGCCACGUUCCCAAGCUUUCUAUAUUCAGUUGUCAAGGGGAUAAAAAUAGGACAGACAACGCUAGAGUGCGCUGUCUGCUUAAAUGAGUUUCAAGACCAUGAAACCCUAAGAUUGCUACCAAAAUGUAGCCACGUGUUCCACAUGGAUUGUGUCGACACGUGGCUGGCGUCACACGUCACAUGCCCGGUGUGCCGAGCAAAUCUUGUCCUAACAUCCAAUGAACCCAGUCUCAUGACUGAGCAGUUGGAUUACCCGGUUGACCCUGAGAGAGAUUGCGGGUCAACCGAGUUUCUUCUCCCCAUCGAGUCGAAACACGUAAAACCUUCUACCACUCGAAUGCCCCGUUCACAUUCAACGGGGCACUCAGUGGUAGUACAACCUGUUGAAAAUAUGGAGUGGUACACGCUACGUUUACCAAAUGAGGCACGGGACAUGUUCAUGAACCUAGUCACGAGUCUUCCGACUAGCCCUCAUGGGGUGUUUCCAACGGAAAGUAGCGAAAAGAUGCCUUUUCGAAGUGUUAGUGUUGGUUCUACUAGAAGACUUGAUCAUUAUGUUCGGUUUGAGCGGUCUAACCCAAAUAGGACGGGUGGUGAGACAUCAAGGGGUGGAAGCGACUUGACUCUGACUUCAAACUCACAACGGUUUUUCAGAUCCGUUAGAUCACCAUUUAACCGUUUGUUUCCAGCAUCAAACAGGAAUCUGGAUGUGUAAGAACAAUCCAUGGAUAGACUAGUACUGAUGUUGAGUCUAGAUGUAUAAUUUCAUUGUUAUUACUAGCUUUAAUAUUAACUGGAAAGAUGGCAAGUGAUUUCUUUGCCCAAUUAAGGCUUAUUUAGAAUGUCUCACACUUCAAACAUUUACGCCCAAUAAUAGUACAAGAAAGCAUACCCAUGAA